AUGUCUCGAAUUACUCAAUUUAAUUAUCGAAAUCAUUGGCAAGAAGAAGAAAUCGAUCUUGAACGACCACUCAGUAACGAUCAACCAUUAGGCUUUUUCAUUACUGGAGGUUUUUGUACAACUUCGCCUACUCACCAAUUCACAUCUAUUAUUGUCACUAAAAUCAUCGAAGAAAGUCUUGUAGCACAAGACAAUCGAUUAAAAGUUUUCGAUAUCAUAUUAAGUGUGAACAAUGUUGAUUUUUCGAAUAUUAGUGAACAAGAUGCUUUGAAGAUACUACGAAAAGCAGGUCCGAGAGUUCGACUGAUUAUACGUCGACUUUCGCCGUCGAUUAUUGAAGAGAUCGAAUUACAACACGACGGAAAACUGAAUCUCACGAUCGCAGGUGGUAUCGAUGAUGAAUAUUAUCUGAAUGAUCCCGGAGUAUUUAUUAUCGGUAAAAAACAACAACAAGCCAAUACAAGUUUGAACAUAGGCGAUCGGCUAUUGGAAAUAUCAUCAACAAAAAGCACGUACGAUCUACGAUUUGUCACAUUUGAUGAAGCUCAAAGAUUAAUACGGUUAGCAUGUGCAGAAAGUCAAACAGUUAAAAUAAGUGUUGCACAUGCGAUAGAUGCUGUGGAACUACAAAACAAUGAAAAUGAAGUUAAUCCCGUUAUUCCAGAAGAAAAAGAAGAAGGUAGUGCGAAUGUUUCUCGUAUUGAUAUGAACGAUGAUCUGAUCGUUCCGUUUGAUGUCGAAGAUGUUGAGAGAUAUGAAAGAUGUGGAAGGCGUGUUAAUAGUCGAUUAGUUUCUAAACAUAUGGCUGAUCAUCUAUCAAUUGUGGCACCAGUAACUCAUUACAGUCGAUCUGCGAGAGAUGCGAUGGGUAUGGAUUCGACCCCAAAUUAUUAUGAAAACAUUGUCUAUCCACACGAAAACAAAAAAGAAUUCAAUCUGUAUGCUACGCCGAUACACGAAGCGCAAACAGAGAUACCACAAGCUCAAAACCUAGAAGAUAGAGUACAGCAAUGA